CAAACACUUCCUCAGGAUUGCGAGCUUACUAGACCAUGGAGACCAAGGAGGAAAGCAGCACUGCUUCAACUCAGGUUGUGGCAGUAGAAAUUCAAGAUAAUAUAGAGGAAAGCCUGCUCAGUGAGAAGAACUCCGAACCAAUGCCACCAAUGGCAACAAGUAAGGAAGGCUCAGUAGACAUUGAGUUGGUAAGCAAUCGAAUUGCAGAGAGCGGAAAGGAAACUUCUGCUUCUGGAAAUAGUGGUGAUGGUGCUUCACUGAGUGCUGCAGGAAAAUGUGAGAAUUCAUCAGAUGAGAAUGCUGACGCCAACCGAGAUUUUUCUGCAUUUCAUAAGCAAGUUUCUAACCAGAUUGAUCAACUGGGAGCAUUUCAGAAUCAUUCUGGAGUCCUUGAUAGUGGCACAAAUACAAAUUUGAAAUUGUUGAUGUUAGGCAUAAACAUGCCUGAAUCCCAUCCAAGUUUGGGAAUGGACCUGAAUAUAUCCAGUGGUCAUGCCAUACACACAGAGGAUGAUCACGACCGGAGAAGAAGAGAAAAGAGAAAGCAGUGCAAUAGGGAGUCAGCUAAGAGGUCAAGAUACCGUAGGCAGCAAGAGUGUGAAAAACUUCGAGAAACUGCAGAGAGGCUGAAUAACGAAGUCUCAGAGCUCCCAAAUGUGUUAAAAAGGCUUUCUGAGGAGUGCGUGGAACUUAAUGUAGAAAACAGUUUUCUAAUUGAUGAGAUGGAGAAGAUGAAUGGUGCAGAUGCAGUUGCUGAUCUCAGAGCUGUGAAAGUGAACACUUUUGAUGGUGGAAGCAACAACAUCGAAUCAAAAAUUCCGAGCAGAGAAAACUCAACUUCUCCUACUCAUGAAAAGGAAACUUCUCCACCUCCUUCUCAUAGGAAAGAGACUUCUCCUACUUCUGAGCCUCGAUUAUUUGGUGUUACCCUACGACCUAACUAUGCUGAUUGUUUACGUAGUUGAAAGGUCCAGUAAAUAAGGUCCUAAUGUACCGAGGCAUUUCAUAACUUGAUAAUAGACGAACUCACUUUUGGGUCUUUUAGCUUUAGAAGAUAGCAGGUCUUUCUUAAGAGUAGCUUAUCCUUUCUGCUUACGAAUGCCAAGUCAAAGAUAAAAGUCCCAGCUAAAUG